AUGAUUUCGCAACUAAUACAGAAAAACAUAAUACUAAAUCCAAUAAUACGAACUCAGAAAAGAUGUAAACAAGCAGUAUCAAUGGCAGGUGAAGUAAAUUUAUCAUCAAGAAGAGUAAUGAGGAAAAUCAAAUUAGGAAAAGCAAGACCAGCAAUAAUGUAUCAAUUCGAUACCUUAGUAGAAUUAAGUGAUGGUUCAGUUAUAAAAAGAAGAUCGCAAGCUCCCAAAGAUGAAAUCAGAAUGAUUAAUGAUCAAAGAAAUUCAUUAAAAUGGAAUCCUCAUAGAUCAGAUUUAGAUACUUCAGAUUUAACAUUGACUGGUAAAAUAGGUAAAUUUAAAACUAAAUAUUCUGGUUUUUCAGGAGAUGAAGAAAUAGCCGAAACAGAAAAUAAUCAAAAAGAAUUAAGUGUUGAAGAAGAAGAAGCUCAAAAAUUGAAAGCUAAAAAUGCAGCAAAAGCAAGAGAUCAAGAAUUAUUUGAAUUAAUGGGAGAAAAUGCUCAAGAAAUUGUUGGAGGUGGUAAAUUAUAUGAUAGAAAAGCUGAUAAAAAGAGAUUUAAAUAG